CCAGCCCCAGCCAGUCACCUUGUUCGGAUCCGACUAAUUCCUUUCUAUGUCGGGGGAUAGCAGGCCGCGGCCCAAGCGUGGGACAGUUGGGCAGAGUUGAGGGAGAGGUGCUCUCGAACCUCAGUAUCUCUCCGGGCCAGUAGUGGCGUUCUGAGGCAGCCAGCGAAUACCUGGGAAUCUCGCAAGGUAAAGCGAGCAAUAAGCUGACGAGACAGCAGUCCGAGGUGGCACGUCCCCUACGGCUUCCCGUAGGCGCACGAGUUCGCGAGCAGAGCACGUGAUCUAGGAUUGCUCCAUGGCAGGCCCUAGGCCGUGGACCCUCUUCUGGGAAUGGGGUAAGAACAUCAUCUGCGUGGGGAGGAACUAUGCAGACCACGUCCGUGAGAUGGGCAGCACGGUACUCCGCGAGCCGGUUCUCUUCCUGAAGCCAUCCACCGCGUAUGCACCUGAGGGCUCGCCUGUGCUGAUUCCCUCCUACUGCCGCGUUCUGCACCAUGAGCUGGAGCUCGGCGUGCUUAUGGGCAGGCGCGCCCGCGCUGUCCCCGAGGCCGCCGCCAUGGACUACGUUGCCGGGUAUGCCCUCUGUCUGGACAUGACCGCCAGGGACGUGCAGGACGAAUGCAAGAAGAAAGGGCUGCCCUGGACCCUGGCCAAAAGCUUCACCUCCUCCUGCCCGGUCAGUGCUUUUGUGCCCAAAGAGAAAAUCCCUGACCCUCACGCCUUGAGACUGUGGCUCAAGGUCAAUAGUGAACUCAGGCAGGAGGGUGAAACAUCCUCUAUGAUCUUUACCAUCCCCUACAUCAUCAGCUAUGUUUCUAAGAUAAUAACCUUGGAAGAAGGAGACCUUAUCUUGACGGGGUCGCCAAAGGGAGUUGGACCAGUUAAAGAAAAUGAUGAGUUGGAGGCUGGCAUAGAUGGGGUGGUCACUAUGAAGUUUAAGGUGAAAAAGUGGGAAUAUUGAGUCUUUAUAAGGUGCCCUAACUUCUCAGGUGUCAAGAGAGAAGAGUCCAAGACUUAGAAGCACGCAAACAUUGUUAAAUAUGACAAUCUUUUAGUAGAAACCCUUUGUACAAAAUGAUUGAUUGACUCCUUAGCCGAAAUCACAGAAAAUAGACCCUUCUAGAAAAACACAAUCUGGAAAAGCUGGGACAGAAGCAGGAACAACUAAAACAAAGCAUUUGUGAUGCAUCCUAGGAAGAGUAUAUGUAAAACCAGGCCUUCAUAAGUCUUAAUUUUUUUUUUUUCUAAAACUGAACUGAGUAAGACUUCAAUGUAUCACUCUGGAAUCUGUUCAAGACAAAUCUGCAAAGGCAACUAAGUGUUAUGUUCCGUUCAUUGUUUUCCAAACUUCCUUGGAAUUGAUAGUCAUCAAGAAGUCUUUAUAAAAAUAAAAAAUUCCAAAUUACUGGCUCACCUUGGACCCAUUGAAAACUGUUUACAGAGGAUCCCAGGUGAUUUUUAACCAGGGAAAUAAUGGAAAACACUACUCUAUAUAAUCAGUGAGUUUUAUUUGUUAAAUGAACAAUUGUUUGAAGACCUCUCCUGAUUAUUUAGAUUAUCCUGCCCUAUAUAUUGAAUUUGGGAAAGGAUUUGGAAUAUAUUUUUUUCCAAAUAAAUAAUUUUCUUUUGUGUGUCUUAAAA